ACGAUAACUCGUUUCUACUCUUCGCUUGUGACGUGUUAAAAACUGCUGUGGGAAGGAGAUAACGUAACGCAGUAGUUGAUCUUGCCGCUUACUUCUGUCAGUCAUCAACAGCAAGAUGAACAGGAAAAUCAUUCUGAAUUUAAUCGCUAUCUGUGUAGCUUUGGUCCAGUUUGCAGACUCCGCUUAUCAAGUCCACAAGAACACUCCUAUUCCUGUCUACACUUCCAAGUCCCCGGUCAUUAUCCCACAAACCAAGCUUGGAUUUCGCUCGAAUCUCGGUCGAAAUGUUUUCUUUGGUUACAUGCUCUAUCGCUAUGGUUUGAUGGAAGCUCCUGUUUAUCGUGGUAGAUACCCUAUUCACCGUAGCACGGUAGAGAUCCCAGAUGAACGAGCUAUCAGAGUCAACUUCACCAAGGAGAUCAUGUUGGAUUCUAAUGGAACAAUCUGUUUGAACUCGACUAAAAGUUACACUAUAGCACCUAACAAGAGUGUUGUACUCACUUCGGUUAGGUAUUCUAACAUUAGGGGAGGAUUAUCAACGGAAUAUUUCGGAGACAACAGGACAGUGACAAUCGACAUGAACACCUUGAAUCAAACUGUCGAGAUUACGACACGUGUGCUGUACCGUGGAACGAUCGUGGCCAACACAAGUUGUACUCAAGUUAUGAGCGUCAUGAAUGGAACUAUAGUGCGUAUGUACGCAACCAAUCCCAACGCGGACACGAGUGCGGCCAUAGCCAGUGUUCAAAGCUCUUUUCUCGCCUUAAUUUUGUCAAGCCUUAUUUACUGUGCUCUCUAGUUGUAGAACGAACAUAUGGUAUAUAUAGGGCGCCAACAAGAAUACUUUUUCCUGUGACUUUGUCUUUUGGGAUUUUAACUCGCAUAAUUAAGAAUCCAUUUUGCCUAAGAUUGAUAAUUAGAGUGAAGUCCAGUGAAGUCACUAAACCCGUGAAAUAGAUAUUACAUAUUAGAAGACCCUAAUUCCAUUGUUUUCGUUUGUGCAUAUUUGACUAUUACACGUUGACUAGUUAAAAAUGCCUUGUCACUCUAUUAGCUAUUUUUUGCACUUAAAUUUUGUAAUUAAAAUCGUUUUUUUUUUAGUGUGAUUAUGAGCCUGUACUGUUAAUUAAAGCUGAGAAGUCUAAAGACGUAAGUAAUUAGUAUUCUAAUUUGUCUUAGUGCAAUGUUUGCAGAUUUCAGACCACCUGUGUUUCCUUGGAGAAUAACAAGCUGUACUAUUUUUUCUUUUAAGUUGUAUUCAAAUUUAAGUAUCUUCUAAUGCACAAGAAAUAAUACUCCAGAGACUGACCUGAAGUGUUCAUUUAAUGGGUUGCAAGCAUUUCCAAGAGAGUUAAAAGACUGUUACGUGGUUAAGCAUGAAGUAUAAGGGGAUAAAGAAUAAGGGAUUAAAUAGAUAAAAUGCACGCUGUUGAGCAAGGAAUAAAGAAUAAGGGAUUAAAUAGAUAUGCACGUGAAAAUUGGGAUUACAUCACCAGCUGUA